CCCAGCCCCGCCGCCGCCUCUCCGGGCACGGGUGGGGUGGCCGGGACCCCGGGUGAGGUUGGGGUCCGUCCCCCCUCACCCCACCCCUUUCGCGGCCAAAGUUUGACUCUGCCUCCCUCUCCCCCCCUCUCCUGUCUGUCUGUGAGUGCAGCUGGGCGCGAUGCUGAAGACGGAGCAGCCCUGGAUCUAACGCGCGGCGCCUCGGAGAGCCUUGCAGCAAUUGUUGCCCGGAUCCCAGACUGAACUUUGCUCUUUUUUUUUUUUUUUUUCCUUUUUACCUAGUUUUUAUUUUUUUUUUUUUCCUUUCGUCUUUUUGUUUUUCCCUCCUGUUAUUGUUAAUUAUCAUUAUCAACCCGCUUCCGCCGCGCCCUCCCCGCCAAUGCCCGUGUGAGCGCCGGCACCUCGCGGGGGCCAUGGAGGGCUCCACCGGGUUUGGGAUCGACUCCAUCCUCUCGCACCGAGCCGGCAGCCCGGCCGUGCCCAAGGGGGACCCGCUGGUGGGGGACGGCCGGUCCCCGCUGGAGCUGAGCCCCCGCUCGGAGGGCAGCAGCGGGUGCCCCUCGCCCCGCUCGCCGGGCCGCGAGUGCCUGGAGGCGGCGGUGCCGCGGCCGGGCCUGGAUGCGCAUCUCCAGCCGGGGCAGGUCUCGGCUCCCUCGCAGUCCCGGACCGUCACCUCCUCCUUCCUCAUCAGAGACAUCCUGGCCGACUGCAAGCCCCUGGCCGCCUGCGCGCCUUACUCCAGCACCAAUGGACCUCACGGCGGGCAGGAGCCGGCGGGCAGGAUCCCCACCAAGCCCGGCGAGGAUUUUAGGGAGAAAAUGGAAAAAAACACCAGCAGCUCCUCCUCGGACUCGGAGUACAAAGUGAAAGAAGAAGGGGACCGAGAGAUCUCCAGCUCCCGGGACAGUCCCCCGGUGCGGCUGAAAAAGCCGCGCAAAGCCCGCACCGCCUUCACCGACCAUCAGCUGGCCCAGCUGGAGCGCAGCUUCGAGAGGCAAAAAUACCUGAGCGUGCAGGACAGGAUGGAACUGGCCGCCUCCCUCAACCUCACCGACACGCAGGUGAAAACGUGGUACCAGAACAGAAGGACCAAGUGGAAAAGGCAGACGGCGGUGGGCCUGGAGCUGCUGGCUGAGGCUGGCAACUAUUCAGCCCUCCAGAGGAUGUUCCCCUCGCCCUACUUCUACCCGCAGAGUUUGGUCUCCAACCUGGACCCCGGCGCCGCCCUCUACCUGUACCGCGGACCCAGCGCGCCGCCCCCCGCCCUACAGAGACCCUUGGUGCCCCGCAUCCUCAUCCACGGACUGCAGGGCGGCAGCGAGCCCCCGCCGCCCCUGCCCCCGCUGCCCGGCGUGCUGCCCCGGGCUGCGCAGCCCCGGUGAGCCCCGGUGAGCCCGGGCAGCCCCGCCGGCACCCACCGGCCCGGGGGGGGCUAGAGGGGGCCACCCCACACCUCUGGGGCCGAGAGCAAGAGACAGACUCCCGCUCAUCCCCAAAUAUAUAUAUAUAUAUAUAUAUAUAUAAUUAUAAAUGAGACCACCCCUUCAUUUUUUAAAAUAAUAUAUAAAGAAUGCAAGAAUCAAGGACAGGCUUGGCAGGACGGAGCCGGCAGAGCUGCCCCUCACCCCGCGGGGCCGCUGCGUGUCCCCUCCUCGGCGUGGGACGGAGCCGGAGCGCGGGCGGGGUUCGGAUAACCUGGGGGGGCUUCGCCUCUGCGCCCCCUCCCCAGGAACAGACAGGGGAGCCGAGCCACACCUGCCACGGGGCGAGACCCCUCCCCUUUCCCUGGCUCCCCGACCGGGUCCCGCCGCCGGGAAGGACCGUGGGGUGACCCGGGCCGAUGGCCCCAGCGAGACUUUGGGACGUCCUUAACUUAAACUAAAAAAAAAAACAAAAAAAACCUCCACAACAACCCCUCCGAAAAAAAAAAAAACUUAAAAAAACUUAAAAAAAAAAAAAAAAAAAGCGGUGGAAUGUAAAUACGGUGCAAAAUGUAUAUGAAUUAUUUAUUUGUGAACCCUGAGGGCGUAUUUGUGUAAGUGAUUCUUGUCAGUCUGUAUCCCGGGGCCGGCCCGGCCGGGCGGGGGGCGCGGGGGUGCUCGGGGCACCGCGGCCGCUCCCGUUCCCCCCUUUU